UCGUCCCUGGAAAACUCAUUACUUUUGAUGUUUCUGGAACUUUAGAUCAAGUAACCACACAAGCAACCACACUUCGAGCUUAUUAUUACGAUCCUGUAACGAAUCAAACCGUAGGUGAUGGCUAUUUUGGAACGGUUUGUACUGGAACUGGAUGUCCAAUUAAAGCUAAUACUCAAUUUACUAAAAUUGCUAAGUUUCUGGCACCACCAACCUUACCUAAUCCAUCCCAAAUUAGAAUAAUGAUUUCAGACAUAGCGGUCGAAGUAGUAAAAGAUCCAGAUCUAAUUUUAGGUUGCGCAAUGGCAACAUUUGUUUAA